AUGUCCAAAGGCGACUGUUGGGUAGUUGCCGCACUAGCUGCUAUGUCUGUUCAACCUGGAUUGUUGCAUCGAUGUAUCCCUGUUGGCCAGUCGUUUCGGCCUGAGUGGUAUGUUGGGGCGUUUUGCUUUCGAUUCUGGAGGUUUGGCUACUGGGAAGAGGUAGUCGUUGACGACCGGCUCCCGAUGCGGGCUGAUGCCAGACCGCUGUUUAUACAUUCUGGUCGGCAUGGCGAAUUCUGGCCUGCCCUCAUCGAAAAGGCCUAUGCCAAGUAA